AUGGAUACAGAAAAACGAUUUGUUGUUAAUGAAGGAUUUAACGAUGUCUACUUGGUACUCUUUGAGAAUUAUCUGGAAAAAUAUAACAGCUUACUAAAGGAAAAUUAUAAAGUACAUAAUGCCGAAGACUUAUUAAAACUGUCAGAUAAUGAUUACCAGAAAGUUGGUUUAAAGAAUGAUCAAAUUCGCGGACUUCGAAGGUCUUUGCUAAUUAAAGGUUAUGGAACAAAAAAGGAGAAGAAAAAAAUAAGAGUUAGAAAAAGUGAAAGUUUAGCUACGCUAGAAAAGAUUCCGCAAGUAGCAAAUAACAAUCAUGGCAUGGAAAGACUGGCUAGUUUGGCUUCUAUCCCCACUUUUGCUAAAACAGAGAGCCAUCAGAAUUCCAAGAGGAAAAAAUCAAAUCCAUUAGUUGAAGAUCAUGCACUAUCGGAUGCAAUUAAUAAAGUAUCUUUUGCCAAUGAUAUCAAGAUAGAAAACAAUUCAAGUACUGAAAGCUCCAGGGCAAAUAUCAAUCGGAUCAGUAUUAAAGGGGCAUCAAGGUUACAAAAUGAAUCCGUUAACAGUCAGCCCUAUUCAGCACCUCAGAAUAGCAUUAAUCAUUCUUCUUUGGAUCAAGACGUUUAUCUACCAUCUACUUCAGCAAAAUUGUUAAGUAAUCGUUAUCCGCAGUCAAUAUUUCGCCUUCCACCAUUUGACAAAGCAAUUGAAACCUAUCCCAGCUUAGGUGGCGGAAAUUAUAGAUUAUCAUUAGAUCGUUUACAAGGAAUUGAAUUAUCGGUUCAAGCAAAUCCAAUAGAAAGCUGGACAGAAAUUAUUAUAACAUGUCUGUAUGCUGAUCCACCCUAUUUUUAUUCUGCUACUGAUGAUUCUCAGUAUUUAACUCAUGCUACUACAUCAGUCAUGCUACAACCUUAUGAUUUUACUCUUAACUACGAUAAAAGUAAUUUCGAUCUGCCCAAUCAAUCAUUAACAAAUCCAAUCCGAAAACCAAUAUUACAGUUGCCAUUAUUUGAUUUUUGCGAUAUUCUGGAUAACAUCAAUAGUUGUUUAGUGGAAGAUAACGCGAUUUACGAUCUUAAAAAUCCGCCACCCUUAAUUAUUUGCUCGAGUGAUACGACUCUUGAUCAGGAGCCGCGAUGGAGAAGACAUUAUAUUGAUUACGAAAUUCGCAUUUUAAACGAUAAGAAGGCUUAUGUGGUGUUUGCAGUUGAAAAAUUUUCCCUUUUUACCGUAUUUUAUCCUUUUCCUAAUGCAAUCAUUACGAAAUUAUCGCUGGGCCCGAUGCGAUGGUAUCCACCACAAUUUAUUUAUGCUGACUGCUUAAUUUUAAUGACCAGUAGCCAACGAAGUUCUCCAGAAUUUUCAAUUAUCGUAGCAUUAAUUACUAACUACAAUCAAAAUUUGCAAAUCCUUGAAAGCUAUACUACCAUGGUCGGAAUUUAUCGAAGAUUAUUGCUACCUACUGGUAAUUAUAAACUAGAAAUAAAAGGUAAAUUUUCGCCAUCAUCUAAAAUGGGAGAGAAAAAAAUGGUUCGAGAGAUGCGCUUUCAUGGGCGAAAUGUUUUUAUUCAAUUUGCUUGUCAGUUAGAUGAAAAUUGUCCGUCGAUUCCAGCCUACUUUGGUGUAGUUAAUAUUCGACAUACAGUUAUAACAAAGACAGGAGAAUUUAUGGUUCAUAUGCUUGAGCCGAAGGAAUUUUCACCAGCAUCCAAGGCAAUUGAUCAACUAAAAAGUAUGUAUAUUGGUAACGAAAAGCAACAUCAUUUAGAGCUUUGGUCUUCACAGAUGCUCACUAUUACUAAUAUCAUGGGCGAUAAAUUAGCUGAUCGCUGGGAAGAGCUUGCAUGUGAACUUGGUUUACAUAAGAAAGAACGCAAUGAAAUCGAUAACUUGGAUAUUAAAAAUGCCGAAAAGGGCAUAGAAGUCUUAAAACGAUGGAAAAUGUUACUAGGAAGGGAAGCUACUAUGGAAAGUUUCUUCGUAGUGCUUAAAAAACUCCAUUAUCAUGAUUUAGCUAUUUUACUUGAAUUUUAA